GCCUGCCGCGCAUGGUGGACGUGUUUCGCUCCUCUUCUGCGCUCGCCGCGUAAAUAACAUCGAUUUGAAAAUGUUUUCGGAGUUCGGACUACUUUCGAUGUUUGUCUAAUAUGUUUUUAAAUUAAGACGUGACUGUACAUAAAACUAUGAGAACUUAUCAAAACUUAAAUCUAAGUAACGUUUAAGAAAACUUUGCGUUUGACAAAUUGUGUGCAAAGACAAUUCUUUUGAUUGAAACAAUAAAGUAAGACUGAAAUUUCUGUGACUGUGGCGGGAAGGAGCGGAAACCAGACCAAAGUUAGAAAUAGCCGUGCCCGCCAAAACGGCUCAACAGAGGUUCGACCGGAACGAUAAAUAAAUAAGAUAUCAACAAUGGGUCCGGCGUGGCAGUGAUAGCGCUUCCUGAGCAGCUGGCCUGAUAACCUCCUCGAAAUGGCUUAUCACAGCCAACCCUGCAGGCAUUCACACUCCGACCGUUACCCUACGAACACGGCAUAAAGCUACUCUCAAUUGUCGGAGAAAUGGAGUGAAAACGAUGUGCAAAAGUUAAAAUGGAUGAUCUGUUGCCGAGUUCGCCUAAAAGUACGUUUGCUAGUGAGCAGGACUGGACUGACGGUGGCAGUAGACUGGAUGAAUACAGCACAGAUGAGGCCCUGGCUGCAGUGGAGCUGUUCAAGGACUACCCUGAGGUGUUGCUGCAAUUUGCGUCAGUGUGCUGUGUUGUCUUCAUGUUGGUCGGGAUUCCCGGGAACCUGAUCACUAUCAUCGCUUUGGCGAGGUGUAAAAAGGUCCGGAACGCAACAGCAGUAUUUAUAAUGAACUUGUCAUGUUCGGACUUGUUAUUCUGCUGCUUCAACUUACCCCUGGCCGCCUCCACCUUUUGGAGAAAGUCCUGGGCCCAUGGCAGGACUCUGUGCAGGAUGUUCCCGUUGGCUAGAUAUGCCCUGGUGGCGGUAUCACUCUUCACAGUUCUGGCUAUCACAAUAAACAGAUACGUGAUGAUUUCUCAUCCUAGACUUUAUCCAAAGUUGUACAAAAAACACUACCUUGCGGUUAUGGUUGCCAGCACGUGGAUAUUUUCUUUUGGAGCACUCAUCGCCACUUGGCUCGAAAAAUGGGGACGGUUCGGUCUGGAUCCAACGAUUGGUUCAUGCUCCAUACUCCCUGAUCAAAAUAAUAGAUCCCCUAAAGAAUUCCUCUUCGUCGGUGCAUUUAUGCUUCCGUGUCUUGCCAUAGUAGUUUGUUACGCACGAAUAUUUUGCAUAGUAAGAGAAGCAGCGAGGAAAUCGCGAGCUCCUGCUCGAGGAAAACCUAGAAAUGCACUGGAAGAUUCUGCCGUGGGAUCAGCGUCAACUGCAUUGGAACGCUCUCCCGGCCCAGAAAACGGUAUAAACCAUAUUGCGCCAAGCAAAAGGGCAUUACUGGCACCUCCUGUCCUUCACUGUCCUCCGACACCAGCACCAGAGCGAUCGUCGUCAUCUGGUGUGGACACACUGGACGGCCACGAUGAAGAAUGCGCCUUGGACGCUAAGCCGAGAACACCAAGUAGCGGCGAAACCGCUAAGAGACUUCGUCAAGCAGCAGUAGCCCUCAGACGGUCACCGGCUUCAGUUCGACCACCACGUCUUACUCCAAAGGACAGGAAAUUGCUUAAAAUGAUAAUGGCGAUUAUGUUGUCAUUCUGGGUGUGUUAUCUGCCAAUAACUUUAACGAAAAUCUUCCGAGAAUUUACUUCUCACCCAGCGGCCAACAUAGCAGGGUAUCUGUUGAUAUAUUUGACGACGUGUAUAAAUCCUAUAAUCUACGUAGUAAUGUCGAGUGAGUACCGUCAAGCGUACAAGAACCUCCUCAUGUGUCGGCGGUGGGCGUGA